AUGUCCCCAUUAUUCUGUACAUUUAUCCUACUGUAUUUUUUCAUUGUCUGCGAAUCUACCUGGGUCAAAGAUCUUAAUCUUCCUAGACAGCUGUUAGAAUACCAUAUAUCUUCAAAUAAGAAUCUUCGAGAUAGAUGUAGUGAGGAUCCGACAUGUAAGAUUAAUCUCAACGCUUCAAAAUGUUUUGGCUUCGAGGAUGAUUGUAUAAAUGAGAAUUCGUUAGGAUUCAGAAGCAAGUUCACAAGUUGUGACAACAAUUUGAAUCCAAAAGUUGCUGAAAAGUUCUACGAACAAGGAGACUUUGGAUAUCUAGAAUCCCGUUUAGUCAAACACAGUAUCUGUUCUUCUGAUGAUUCGUCCAAAUCCAGUUUAUCCUGCUCCGAUCAUCUGACACAUUGCAUCGGUUCAAACAUCUAUUUUGAUUUUUCCAAUUUGAAAAUCAAAAGUUCUACUCGAUACCGACAAGAUGUAAUUCAGCCAGGACAAGUUGAAGGCAAUUGUGAAAACUUUGAUAGGAAAUUGCUGGAUAACAAUUUGAAUGUGAAAGGAUAUCUGAUGAGUUGGGCCGACGAGUUGCAGCAUUUCAAGUCUAAUCUGGAUUUCAAAAUGGACAAAGAGCAUUGUGAUGUCAUUUUUGAGAAGCCCACAGUAGUCAUGAAACUAGAUGCUGCUGUAAAUCUAUAUCACCAUUUUUGUGACUUCGUAAAUCUAUAUGCCUCGCUUCAUAUCAAUCAAACUUUUAAUCAAGACAUUGACAUAAUACUUUGGGAUACGCAUCCAGGAGGUUAUAACGAUCAUUACUAUGGUAUCACAUGGAAAGCGUUCUCCAGAAACGAACCAUUUGAGCUCAAGGAAUUUGGCAAGUCCCUUGAAUUUUUAAACUACGAAAUUACGGAAAAUAUACUUUCAGAUCAAAAACGAGUCUGCUUCAAAAACGUUAUGAUGCCAUUAUUGGCUCGACAGAGAAGCGGAUUGUUCUAUAAUAGUCCACUCGUUUAUGGAUGCUCCGGAUCUACCUUAUUAAAAACAUUUUCGCAGUUUAUACUUCACAGAUUGGGUAUAAAACCUCAAAAAGCAGAAUUGGAAAAAGUUCGAAUUGUGAUUCUAUCAAGAUCCACUGCCUAUCGUCGAAUUCUGAAUAUAAAAGAGCUUCUCAAAUCACUUGGACACUUGCCAAAUGUGACAACUCGAGUUGUUGAUUAUAAUGAACGUAUACCAUUCUUGCGGCAGUUGAACACCACUUCACAAACUGAUAUUUUUAUUGGUAUGCAUGGAGCAGGACUCACACAUCUCCUGUUUCUCCCAGAUUGGGCUGCAAUUUUUGAAAUUAUUUCACUUGGCCUGAAGAGAAAGUAA